UACGGUGGCAUCUAUCCUUGGAAUGAACAAAGGUACUGAUGGAAACGUAUCUCCCGACAAGCCGUCCCUGAGCCCAUCCAACAGCCUUCCUCGUAGUCGUCAACGUCGUAGUCGCACCAUCUUCAGCGACGUCGCCAUAGACCGUCUGGAGGCAGUAUUUGGAGAAAACCCUUACCCCGACAUCAACCUUCGCGAACAGCUGGCAGAAGCGGCGGGCGUUACGGAGGCCAGAAUACAGGUGUGGUUCCAGAACCGUCGUUCACGAAGUCGUCGCACCAAGACCAAGCCCGCCAACGCCGCCCGGCGUGAUUCCGGUUUUGUCUCGGCCUCACCCUCACCACAGAAGCUGACCCCACCCAAGAAACCCGAGUUCGUCGUGCCCACACCGUCAGUGACGUCACCGUUCCGUCACGGCUACCCGUUCUCCUACCCCUAUCUGUUCGGGUGUUCACCCCUCAUGUCUCCAGCCAUGUACCCGAUGUUGACCGGCUACACUGACGUCCCAUCCAUGCUGCCCACGUCGCCAAUGUUCUCCCCCGGUGCAAGUCCAACCUAUCAGCGUCUGUUCGACUUUCCAGCCAGUCACAUCCCAGGAUCUCCACUGACGAGCCCCACCACCCAGAGCCCCGUCCUCACAUCCACCCGACCUGGAAUGGUCCCCUCUUCAUCCAGACUUCCCAAGCCACACCCUAUCCGCCUCCCUCAGAUGUCGUCUGCUGAUUCCAGCCCUGUCGUCUGCAAGUUGGAGCCAUCUUCCACUUCCGGUCUGGAGAGAAGCAUCAGUCCCGUGCUUUCAGAAGAGGAGAUUGACGUCACUUCCAGUGCAUAAUCCCAGAAACAGGACAUUUAUAUAAAUAGUAUGCCAACAA